AUGAUUAGGGACGCGAACAAUGCCGAUGCAACGCACCCCUUUGGGGAAGCUGUUACCAAUGUUGAAGAUGGUGAUCAUUUUGACUGGACUCGUCACGAUGGGUGUACACCAAGCGCAGAUACAGGACCUUGUAAGGACCACACGUCCAAGGAUGGGAUGGGAAAGUACCUUUACAUCGAGUCAUCAUAUCCAAGGUUGCCAGGACAUAUAGCUCGUAUCACACGGCAGCCAGCCAAUCAAUACAACUGUUUCAAACUGUGGUAUCACAUGUCUGGAGCUGACAUUGGCUGGUUGAGUGUUUAUCGACGUUCAGGUACAGACCAAGAGACCUUGCUAUGGAGUAUGAACAAAGACCAAGGGGAGGAAUGGAAACAAGUGCACAUAAACUUAAGGGACAGCGGUAAUAACAACUUAAGACAGGUGAUAACUAUCGAGGGAGGAAUUGGAAAUGGUUACCAUGGUGAUAUUGCAAUCGAUGACCUAACCCUUGAAAGAGAAUCCUGCAGCAAUGUCGGACUUGGUUUCCCUUUGAAACAAGUUGCCCACUACAGAUUGGACGGCAGAGAAAAUGACAUAAUGCUGGAAGGAAAUACUUCAUUUAAACUACAACAAGGCUGGACAGCGGUAUAUCUAGAUGGUGUGACGUCAUUGGUAAGGUUUUCCAACGAGUUUUUCAUGAGUGAGAUGAGUUUCACAGUGGCAUUGUGGGUACUAACGCAGAAACCGGAUGAGAAUUCGAUUUUAUUUUCUUCAUUUGACCUGUUUGAGAUAAAGCUGAGGAAUACGGCUGUUGUGACAGAGAUGAUGAGCAAGUUGUCUUGUUGCUUAUUCCACAUAACUGGCCGCUCACUAAAAGCAAACACGUGGACCCACGUGGCAGUCACGUGGAACUUGGAGCAGCGCACCGCUUGCCUUUGGGUUGAUAACGAGAGUGAAACUGUCCAAGUUGAUCAUGCUGUAGAUCUUCCAAUAAACGCUCCACAAAAUUUUAGCAUCGGAAGUGAUAGUGAAAGCGGUAACUUGUCGCGCUACCAAGGCUAUGUCAGAGAUGUGAAGCUAUUUGAAAAACCAUUAAGUCCCGCAGAAGUUGAAGAGAUAAAAGGUCCAGAGUGUAAACCUGCAUGUCAGGCACCAGGCUUUUGUGAUCGUGAAAUGGGCAAAUGUUUUUGUGGAGACUUGGACUUCAUAAUAGAAUCGUGCGAAAAUGCUCUUGUGGCCACCAUCUACAACGAAAGCAUAAGUUAUGUUCCUUUCGACGAAUCGAACUUUUUAGAUUUGAAAACUGGGAAUCGACUUUCUUUGGUUCAUCCACCUGAUAGAUAUAAUGCCACAACAGAUCACGUAUAUAAUGUAUCACUGAUCGUUGGUCCGGUGAAUAGAGCCAUUCAACUUUCGAGAGAAGCUCAUCUUAAACUCCUUGAGACUAGUUGCUUCGAUCGACCAUCUUUGUGUCAAAGUGGAAUGUCUGUGGUCUUUUGGAUAAAACUGUUUGGGCCAAAGUUCAGCCCUUCGUUUUUCCUGACGCCACUGCCAACUACAGAGAGUGUAACAGUUGAGUACUUUAGGCACCACGAGGGCGUGGCUUUUCGUGCUCAUGUAGACGAUGAGUUACUGGCUGGGAUCGAGGUCCUCAUCUCAUGGCAAACUCACUUUUGUAGCUAUGGGUUCUCCGUACCCAAAAAUGCCUGGAGUCAUGUGACCAUGGUGUGGAUGCACAAGGAAACCAUCAGGAUUUUGCUCAAUGGCCGUAGGUUACCGGCCAAUACUAACUGCUCUGAAACAUCGACUCCUUUAGAGUUUGAGAUAGCUAAUAAAAUAAGAAUUGGAAGCCAUAAGUUCUCACUUUCAAUCGAUGAGUUUGCAGUAUGGAACAAAGCUUUAUCUCUUGUGGAAGCAAAGAGCAUCUUUUCUUACAUACACACAGUUAAACCAAAAGAAGUAUUUUUAGAAUUGAAGUUCCUAAAUGAAGUUUGGCAGGAAAGACUUAAAGAUCCUGAGAGCGUUACAUACAACCUUUUCAUCACAAAACUGACCGGGGAGUUUUUAUCUCUCUUCAGUGAGAUCUCUAACCUCACUGCACUAAAAGUUCACAAUUUCAGUGCCGGAAGUGUGAUCGCAGAACUGACGCUGUCAUUCUAUAGGCUUUCGUAUGACGUCAUACUCCUGCUAGAAGAAGCUUUAUUCACCAACAAGUCUCUAGGAAACAUGGCGAUCAAGUGUGAAUCAAUUCGCUUUUUAAGUGUUCCAGACGUGAACGUCAGAAUCAUCAAUGCACAUGCCCCAAAUAGCACUUCCGUAAGUGUGACCUGGAGCAGAUUGCCUGAGGAAGACUUUCAAGGAGCAUUUCAAGGCUAUAAGACUCUCUACAAAACGACCAAUGAUGGGUCAGCCUACAAGGCAUUCACCACGUAUGGUGCUCUUACGAGUGCUUUGAUUAAGGACCUGAGGCCAGGCACUCAAUACACCCUUAUAGUCUUUCCAUUCAAUGUGUAUGGCGAUGGGCGCCAUAGUCAACCAGUCAACGUCACAACACAAGAGCAACACCUUAAAGUCACUGGCCACAACAUUAGCAGCAAUGAAAUAGAAGUCUUUUGGAACUCAGUAUCCCUAGACUUUCUGGGCUUUGUCGUGAAGUAUUGGCCGAGGACUGAUGGCGAAGUCACCGCUAUUGUAAAGCACGUCCUUAGAACAGAAAACAGUAUUCAGCUUGGAGACCUGAAGACAUUUACAGUCUAUGUGAUACAAGUAGAAGUUGUCCGCGUGAGUAACAAUACAGGGCGCAUCCGGGGACAGGCAAAUAUUUCAACGGAUGAAGGAGCUCCGAGCCGCCCUCCAGGAAAUGUAACCGCCUUUGCAAAUGGAACGGGAGUAAUACGAGUGACCUGGAUACCAGUGGAGCCAGAGUUUGUUCACGGUGUUCUGCGAGGUUACAAAGUUCGCUUCAAAGGGUAUGCGCGAAUCAGUGCUCUUGAUUGGAUUACGGAAUCUGUUGGCAGUGGCACAAACUACAUCGAGCUGAGUGGGUUAAAGCCUCAAACGACAUAUGAAGUGCAAGUGUCUGCGUUUACUAUUGGAGAUGGAAAUUACAGCGAGAGUGUAAUUGUCAUAACACAAAAAGGGCCUCCGAGCCGCCCUCCAGGAAAUGUAACCGCCUUUGCAAAUGGAACGGGAGUAAUACGAGUGACCUGGAUACCAGUGGAGCCAGAGUUUGUUCACGGUGUUCUGCGAGGUUACAAAGUUCGCUUCAAAGGGUAUGCGCGAAUCAGUGCUCUUGAUUGGAUUACGGAAUCUGUUGGCAGUGGCACAAACUACAUCGAGCUGAGUGGGUUAAAGCCUCAAACGACAUAUGAAGUGCAAGUGUCUGCGUUUACUAUUGGAGAUGGAAAUUACAGCGAGAGUGUAAUUGUCAUAACACAAAAAGGGCCCCUCUCUCAUCCACAAAACGUGACAGCACAAUCUACAAGUCCCACAACUAUAACAGUGAACUGGAACCAAGUAAUUGUGGAGGCUGUAAAUGUAAGCCUUUUUUAUAUUGUCCGCUGGACAGAAAACAGAAACGGAGUCGAAAAGAAUGCCACUGCUAGUUCCACUUCAUAUGUGAUUACAGACCUCAGGAUAGCAACUGAAUAUAACGUUUGUGUAGCUACUUUUUACGAUGGAGUUAUCACUGAAUUUAGCAGAGAAGUACUUGUUCGCACCCAAGAUCUGCAAGACCAACACUUUAAUAUCAGUGGCCACAAUGUAAGCGCAGAGGCGAUAAAAGUGUACUGGAACCCACUCUCUGUGGACGUUAAUAAUUACAGUAUUAAGUACUGGGCCGAGAAAGAAAGUGAGAGAACAGCAGUAGAGAUGGGAGUUUCCAAGACAACGAACAAUCUCAAAAUUAAAAGAUUGAAGCCCUUUACGGUUUAUGUGGUGCGAGUGACAACUGUUAUUUUUGGUCUGAUGCUGAGUGGCCAGGCCAGGAUCUCCACGGAUGAGGCAGUUCCCAGCCAAGCCCCGAAAAUAACUGCAGCAUACAACACAAGUUCUACAUCUGUCAUUAUACACUGGAGUCCGAUAUCUGAGAAUGAAACCAAUGGGGAUCUUGUAGGAUACAGAGUUGACUGCUUCCUAUUUUGGGCUGUUCGAGCGGAACAAUCUGUCAUCACCAGCAGCAAUUCUACUUUUAUUGAACUCCAUGGGCUGAAAAAGUUCAAAAAAUACGUCUUGUGGGUGGCAGGAUUUACAAGAAAAGGUGUUGGUGUCAACGACACGGUGGAGUGUACAACAGAUGAAGAUGUACCCAGCUCUCCACCAGAACACGUUUUCGUACGAACAACUAACCACUCAGACCUUCAAAUAACCUGGUCACGUGUCCCUUCCAGUGACGCUCAUAGCAUUGUACUCGGUUAUCAUGUGCAAGUGACCAGAGAAAAUGGCGAAGAAAUCGCAAUUGUGACAAGCCCACUUCGUGGGAACACAAGUUUGUCAAACCUGACUUUGUACCAGAAUUAUUGCGUCGCUGUGACAGCAUUUAGCAAGAAAGGGAAAGGACCGGUAUCACUUAAGAAGUGUGCUGUGGUGAACGACGAAGUUCCGUGUCCACCUCCCAAGCAUCUUCUUGUGAGAAACGUCACUGCCACUGGUGCCUCUCUUAAGUUGGUUUACGACGGAGCAUGCGUAAAUGCUGGCUUUGUCACUGGCUACAGAGUGACGUACACGAGUGAUACGGACCGCUCACAGCUGAAGAUCCCGGAUGCUGAGUCUACAUCAGUAUUUCUUCAAAACCUAACGCCAAACACAACAUACCAAGUCAAAAUAAUGGUGUUAACUUCAAAUGGCAAAGACAGCAUUUUUUCUGAGCCUGUACAGUUAAUCACAAAUGACAGCAUUCAUUGUCAACCUCCCCAGGAGCCAAGCGUGCAUGACGUCACUGCCACCAGUGCCUCGAUCGAAUGGGUUUAUAACGGAGCAUGCGUAAAUGAUGGAUUUGUCACGGGCUACAGAGUGACGUACACGAGUGGUGCGAGUCGUUUACAACUGGAUAUCCCGGAUGCUGGGUCUACUUCUGCGUUUCUUCAAAACCUAACGCGACUCACAACAUACCUAGUUGAAGUAAUGGUUUUAACUUCAAAUGGCAAACACAGUGUUUCUUCUGAGCCUGUACAGUUCAUUACUAAGGAAAUCGAGUCCCAGGAAAGACCAGAGAAUGUUCAAGCGCUGUUAGUGUUAUCCGAUUUAAUUUCGCUGAAAUGGUCAUUUACGGUCAACCCAAAUAGUAGCGUGCUGUACCAGGGUUUCAAGGUCCAGUAUCGAGUAAUUGGUAGAGAGGGAGACUGGAGUGUUCUAACCGUACAUGGAAUCGACAAACGAUCAUUGGUUCUAUCCGAGAUGAAACCUGACUUGUCUUACGAAGUAAUAGUCAAGGCUUCCAGUGGCCAAAGCGAAGGAAAUCCAUCACAUGCUGUCAUCAUCACAACGCCAGAAAGCGUCCCUAGUGCUCCCCCAGUAAAUGUCACGAGCCUGGGUCAAACCAGUACAAACCGCUUAUUCGUUCAGUGGAUGAAUAUCCCGGAUGACGAGGUCAAUGGAGAACUGAAAGGCUAUGUGGUAUCGUACGUACCAGACAGCAUUGGCGGCGUAAAAGUUAUUGACGGGGUAGCGAAGACGAAAAGCGUAGGAGCAGACACUCACUCGAUAGAUUUGGAUAAGGUGUUGAGUUUUACAACUUACGCCAUCAGAGUGGCCGGACUCACAAAGCGCGGAGAGGGAAAAUUUUGCAAGGUCAAAUAUGAAGAGACGUGUCGAUGUAAAAAGCGAUUAACUGCAAACUAUUGGUCGAAACCACCUUACGUCAUCAGCCCCUCUGCCAAUAGUAUGAGCGGAAUUUUCAUGGCUUUCUUGGACGAGAUGGUUUUCCAGUGUUGUGCAAAUUGUUCGAGGGGGCACGGAACUUCUUACGUUGAUUACAACUCGGAUGGCAGGCGGAACGUUGCAAAGAAGCCCACAGAACGCGACAUGAUAGCCGCAAUUGAUCACGUGACAGAUCUGCAUUUUCCAGUGCACGGUUCCUCUGAUCAGCGGAAGUAUUUAAGAACUUUCAAGUAUGUUCCUGUGGUGGAGUCCCCUGGGGCGGCCUUUAUUAUACGAUAUGAGAAACCGGAGGCACUAAUAACAAAAGCAUUGGUUGAAUGCUGGCCGCUUGUUGUUGUGGUUGUUGUGUUUGUCUUAUCGUCUGGACUUCUAUAUUGGAUAAUGGACUGGUCACAAAAUUCAGAACUACCACCUUCGUUCCUAAGAGGAUUCUGGGAAGGCAUAUGGUGGGCGUUCGUCACGUGUUCUACAGUAGGAUAUGGUGACAGGACACCCCGUUCAUUCUUGGCCAAAUGGUUAACCAUGGUUUGGAUGAUUACUGGGAGUGUUGUGUUCUCCCUGUUGUCCAGCUCUUUAAUAGCAGGUCUGACUGUGAUCACUGUUGAUAACAGUCAUAUUAAACUUUAUGGAUUGAAGGUGGCUGCUCUACACGACUCUCCUGAGUAUAAUCUUGCAUUGAAAAGAAAUGCUCAAGUUAAUAAUGCCCGUAACUACACCAAUCUUGAGGAGAUAAGAGAAGAUCUAUUGAAAGGAGUGGUCAAAGGAGCCUUAAUUGAUACUUACGUAGUGGCAGAACGAUACGAUUUGUUUCAAGACAAAUCAUUACAAAUCUACAAGCUUAUCAACUACCGUUCAUCAUUUGGCAUUGUUUUGGGGGGAAACUCUGUUAGAUUGCAACCCUGUUUCCUUGACUACCUCAAGAAUGAAAAAUCAAUGUUAUCACACCUUGUAAAGAAUUACACAGCCACUUUACAACAAGCUAAAACUUCAUUAGCUGAACAAAUGGCAACUGGAAUGUUUGACAGUUCAGAGCACACCUAUAAAGUCAAUGUGAUUGUCUUGUCGGCAAUUUUAGCUGGUGCCAUCAUAUGUGGAGUUAUAUUUGAAUUCUGCAGAUGGAUGAAGGAUCGCAAUAUGAGGCAAGUAGCAGAUGAAGAAACCAGAAGGCAUAUCAUCCAAAGACACGAGUUCAUUCAAGAAACGAACAAGCUAACCACAGAAUUUUUUAACAACAUUUAUAGGCAGUACAAUAAACUUGCUGCAAGACAUAGAGAAGAGCAAAGGCAGCUACUGAACUCCAACAGGCAGGAAAAUAGAUCAUGUUGGACAAAAAGAUAAAGUGGACAAAGCUAGAAUAUCAAAGAAUAAAAAGUUUUUCGUGAAAAUGAAAAAUGUAAUAUAGGACAAGUACAAGAUGGUAACAUGUUGCUGCAAUAUGUUAUGAAAAAAGGUUUUCUGAACUAUGAUGAU